AUGAAGCCUGUUGCAGUGGUCAAGAGAAGUUCAUAUGCUCUGAGCCGCCGGCCCUUGCUCCAGUCCAAGGGGAUGGGGAAGUUCAAGAAGCAAUAUGAGAAACGCAUAAGCCAAGUCUUAAACCAGGUCCAUCCAACCACAAUCCAGCAGAGCUGGGCCCUGGAUCAGUUGAGUGCACCCAAGGCUGGGGGUACACUGUGCAGUCAGGUUGCUUUGGAAGCUGCUCGGCUAGCCCACUCAAAACCCAGAAACGCCAUUUCCAGCAAAGAAAUCUGUGCGGCUCUGAGGAACCUGAACUCUGCCAAGAGGCCAAGACAAUGCAAGGAAUAA